GAAAAUGGAUAAACAGAGGGUGGGAGGGGGAAGACGGUAAGACAGAAAAAGAGAGGUGGUGGAAGUGAGUGAGUGAGAGAUGGGCAGGGAGGUAUAAAGAGAGGGAGGGAGUAAUAUAAGAGAGGCAGCCAUAGAGGGAGAGGUGACAGAGUAGAUUAUCCUCCUCUCCUCUCCUCCUCUCUGCCAGCCUCAUCAUGUUCAUGCUGCAGAUGUUGACUGUUAUCUCUCUGACUGUUAUUCUCCUGGCAUCUGUGGAAGGUAAAGGCGUGCAGAUGCAAAGAGAUGUCCAGUGCUGCAUGUUGUACUCCCAGGGCAAGGUGCGUACCAAAGAUGUGUUGCGGUUUGAGGUGCAGACGGAGGGGCCCGACUGCAGUAUACAAGCCAUCAUUCUUUACACGAAGAAGGCGGUGAAGUGUGCAGACCCCAGAGACCGGAAGGUGAAGAGGUUGCUGAGAAAGCUCCUGCAGAGACAGAGAACCAAGGCCCACCGAACCAUGUGGCUCCUUCCACAUGACAACCUGCCCGUCAUGUCAGAGGACAAGAAAGAUAACUGGGCGGUUCUCAAUGUGGAGUGAUGGAGCGCCGUCAAAUAUGGAGGAAAACUCAUAGUCAUAAGCCAAGUAAACUUUCAGCGGCUCGUCAUCUUUACACGGCGCAGCUCGCUGACUCUCCAGUCGUCUUGUGUCUCUCUCUAUCUACACUAUCCGUCUCCCUGGGACCAGACCUGGGACCAGCAAUACAUAUUUAAAUGGCUUUAGAUAUUUAAACAUGAACUGUGUUUGAAAUAUUCUCAAACACGUUGGCUGGAACAGUCGAGGAGUAUUUACUUGUAAGAUAAGUUGAAUUGAAUUUUUUUUUUUUUUCUUUUUUUUUAAAUGGCUAAUACUGUUAUUUGCCAGAAUCUGCCUGGAAGUGUCUCCCUCUGCAACAUUACUACUCGUGGCUGAUG